AUGGCUAAGCUCGCUGAACAAGCCGAACGUUAUGAUGAACUCACUGUCGAAGAACGCAAUCUUCUCUCGGUGGCUUAUAAGAACGUUAUUGGUGCCCGUCGCGCAUCUUGGAGGAUUAUUUCAUCCAUUGAACAGAAAGAGGAAAACAAGGGCAACGAUGCCCAAGUUCAGAAAAUCAAAUCUUACCGUCAAAAGGUCGAAGCCGAACUUUCUGAAGUCUGCUCGGACAUCCUUGCCGUGUUAGACGAACAUUUGAUUCCAUCCGCCGAGGCCGGUGAAUCCAAAGUGUUCUAUUAUAAAAUGAAAGGUGACUAUCACCGAUAUCUCGCCGAAUUUGCAUCCGGCGAGAGGCGAAAAGAGGCCGCCACCCAGGCGCACGAAGCCUAUAAGCAUGCCACAGAAAUUGCUCAGACCGACCUUGCCCCAACCCAUCCAAUUCGUCUUGGUCUCGCGUUAAACUUUUCUGUCUUUUACUAUGAAAUCCUCAAUUCUCCCGACCGUGCUUGCCAUCUUGCCAAACAAGCAUUUGAUGAUGCCAUUGCAGAACUUGAUACCCUAAGUGAAGAGUCGUAUAAGGAUAGCACAUUGAUCAUGCAAUUGCUAAGAGACAAUCUAACCCUCUGGACCUCCGAUUUGCAAGAUGCAGAAACAGAUAAGCCGGAAGAACCUAAAGAAGAAGUUGAAGCAGAAGAAUCCAAGUAA